AUGUUUCUGAUUAAUUUGAUUGCUCCAGCAACUCUGACAACUGUUACACCUGAGAUUUGUCAAGACAAAGCGCCACCUGGUAAGGCAUCUGAUUGUACAUUAUAUCCAGAACUAUGUUAUAAUCCGAUCUAUAUGAAACUGAUGAAGGAACAGUGUCCUAAAACUUGUGGUUACUGUGACCAAAUAACGACUACAAAAUCACGUAGAAAAAUUUCAGCUGCUUGCCAAGAUAAGGAAGGACCUGAUGGAAAAUCGAACUGUAAAGAAGUAAAGUACCUUUGCAAUGUACCAAUUUACAUGCCACUUAUUUUAAUUCAGUGUCCUCAUACGUGUGGUUUGUGUUAA